UCCCUUGUUACAGGUAUCCAUUUUUGCAGCUAUAUUAAUCUUUUAAAACAAACAAAAUGGAUUCCUUAAACUCAUCUGACCAAAACUUGACUUCAGAAGAACUAUUAAACAGAAUGCCGUCUAAAAUUCUGGUGUCCCUCACUCUCUCCGGGCUGGCACUGAUGACAACAACCAUCAACUCCCUUGUGAUUGCUGCAAUUAUUGUCACCCGGAAGCUGCACCACCCAGCCAACUAUUUAAUUUGCUCCCUUGCCGUCACAGAUUUUCUUGUAGCUGUCCUGGUGAUGCCUUUCAGCAUCGUGUACAUUGUGAGAGAGAGCUGGAUUAUGGGGCAGGUGGUCUGUGACAUCUGGCUGAGCGUUGACAUUACGUGCUGCACGUGCUCCAUCUUGCAUCUCUCUGCUAUAGCUCUGGAUCGGUAUCGGGCAAUCACAGAUGCUGUGGAGUACUCCAGGAAAAGGACUCCCAAGCAUGCUGGCAUUACGAUUACAAUAGUUUGGAUUAUAUCUAUUUUUAUCUCUAUGCCUCCUUUAUUCUGGAGGCACCAAGGAACUAGCCGCGAUGAUGAGUGCAUCAUCAAACACGACCACAUCGUCUCGACUAUUUACUCAACAUUCGGAGCCUUCUACAUCCCAUUAACAUUGAUUUUGAUCCUCUACUACAAAAUAUAUAAAGCAGCGAAAAUGUUAUACCACAAGAGACAAGCAAGUAGGAUUGCCAAGGAGGAGGUGAAUGGCCAAGUCCUUUUGGGGAGUAGUGAGAAAAGCACCAGACUAGUCUCCACACCCUACAUGCUAGAAAAAUCUUUAUCUGAUCCAUCAACAGACUUUGAUAAAAUUCACAGCACAGUGAAAAGCUCCAGGUCUGAUUUCAAGCAUGAGAAAUCUUGGAGAAGGCAAAAGAUCUCAGGCACAAGAGAACGCAAAGCAGCCACUACGCUGGGGUUAAUCUUGGGUGCAUUUGUAAUAUGUUGGCUUCCUUUCUUUGUAAAAGAAUUGGUUGUGAAUGUCUGUGAAAAGUGUAAAAUUUCUGAAGAAAUGUCAAAUUUUUUGACAUGGCUCGGAUAUCUCAACUCCCUUAUAAAUCCACUGAUUUAUACAAUCUUUAAUGAAGACUUCAAGAAAGCCUUCCAAAAACUUGUACGAUGUCGAUGUUAGUUUAAAGAAAGUUUAUCAUUAGAAGGUUGGGGAUUUCUUGAAGUGAAGUAACUACAUGAAUGAUGAAUAACAAAACAGUUAAACUUUUAGAGGAAAUACAUUAAAACUGCUAAACUUAUAAGAAUAUAAUUUAUAUUUUAAUAGCAACAUGAACAUAAACUUCUUGAGUAAAAGAUGUUUCUUUUGACCAUCAUUCUAGAGUAUUCAAAAUGCCAAGAAAAUUUACUGCUUAUAAACAACAUUUUGCCUAUGCAAUGUCCCUAACAGGCUAACUGAAAAUACGUAUUAGAGUAAUUUUUAUUAAUAACAGUGAUUUUCCAGGUUUAUGGCUUACGACAAUUACAGAAGAGUGUUCAAUUAACCACAUCAGUAAUUUCUAUAUAAUGCUAUGGUUUUGUUAUAAAAUUCUGCCAUUUUAGAGAAAAGAAAAUUCACCACAAUGCACCCAUUUCUCCUACCUAACCACUCUUGUGCCACCUUCACCUUAUCCUGGGAAAAAUGGGAGGAGGAAGCAGCCAACAAUGAUUCCUAAUAUGACUGGAGAAAAUGUCAGCCAGGAGAUUGAUAUGAUCUUUGCAUUUAGAUAGUAAAGAGUAAUCAUAAAGUGAGUUGGGCAUUGUAAAAUAAUUCUGAAUGCUGAACUUGUGCAUAUUUAACAUUUUCUUUUUGUUCAAUAUGAAUUCCUAGAAAGAUAUUUUCUUAACCAUGUAUUCUCAAUAUUUGAAAUCAAAACCUUACCCUAGUAACAGUAACUCAGGAGAGGGUUCAGGGGAGGUGUUCUAAUUGCCCCCAUGUUGAUUUAGGACUCAAAUUUAAGGCACUAAGUACCCUAGGUUACUCACCAUAGUUAUUGUAUUCCUAAUGCCUUUUUUGAAAUCUAAACUAAACGUCAUUUCUGUUAAUGUUAGCAAGCUCAUUUGCUCACUAAAAUGUCAGUGGUAUUUUGCACUUCAGCAGUUCCAUAUCUUCAAUUUACACAUUAUGUCCCUUUUGUUAGAGAGAAUGUGAUAGGAAUUCUUAGAACUUUCCACUGACUUUAAAAACAUCUCUGGUUUUUCAACUGGUAGAAAUCAACAGGUAAAAAGAUUCAUAUUAUGCUAAUUAUAAAUAUAUUAUAUUUUUUAUAUAUCUCCCAGUCACUUCACUAGUUCAGUAAGCCAAAGCAAUUCCAUUAAGUUUCUCUUCCUGAUUUAUAGACGGAUUUUUUUUUCAAAAUUUUUUUUAACGUUUAUUUUAUUUUUGAGACAGAGAGAGACAGAGCAUGAGCGGGGGAGGGGCAGA